AUGCCUAUAAAGGAAGAAUGCAAACCAGUCCAACAAAAGCUCCGAAGGAUGAUACCUGAUGUCCUGCUAAAAAUAAAAGAAGAAGUUAAGAAGCAGUUUGAUGCUGGGUUCUUACAGGUGGUCAAGUAUUCAGAAUGGGUAGCCAACAUAGUCACUGUUCCUAAGAGAGAUGGGAAAGUGCGAAUGUGUGUAGACUACAGAGAUUUGAACAAAGCCAGUCCCAAGGACAAUCCCAUUGCCCCAUAUCGAUACCUUAGUGGACAACACAGCCGGAUACUCACUGUUCUCCUUCAUGGAUGGUUUUUUUGGGUACAACCAAAUUAG